CGGUCCCGCUACAGCCGCCGCUGCCGCCCGUGUCCCCGCCGCCGCCCGCGUCGGCCGCCGCAGCGCCGCCAGCAGCAUGUCUCGGAGGAAGAUUUCGUCCGAGUCCUUCAGCUCGCUGGGCUCCGACUACCUGGAGACCAGUCCGGAGGAGGAGGGGGAGUGUCCCCUGUCUAGGCUCUGCUGGAAUGGCAGCCGGAGCCCUCCCGGGCCGCCGGAGCCCAGUGCAGCCGUCGCCAACCCGGCCCCGGCCGCCUCCGCUGCCGCCGCCGCCGCCGCCGCCGCCACCACGGCCGGGGCUAGGAGGGCGCAGCGCCGGAGGCGGGUCAACCUGGACUCGCUGGGCGAGAGCAUCAGUCGCCUUACGGCGCCCUCGCCUCAGACGAUACAGCAAACUCUCAAGAGGACAUUGCAGUAUUAUGAGCAUCAAGUUAUUGGUUACAGGGAUGCAGAAAAGAAUUUCCACAAUAUUUCUAACAGAUGCUUCUAUGCAGAUCAUUCCAACAAAGAGGAAAUUGAAGACGUCUCAGGAAUUCUUCAGUGUACUGCUAAUAUACUCGGUUUGAAGUUUGAGGAAAUUCAAGAAAGAUUUGGUGAGGAGUUCUUUAAUAUAUGCUUUCAUGAGAAUGAGAGAGUCCUUCGAGCUGUAGGCGGCACAUUACAGGACUUUUUUAAUGGCUUUGAUGCUUUGUUGGAACACAUUAGAACUUCUUUUGGAAAACAGGCCACUCUGGAGUCACCAUCUUUCCUAUGCAAAGAGCUCCCUGAAGGUACUCUCAUGCUCCACUACUUCCAUCCUCACCAUAUUGUGGGGUUUGCAAUGCUGGGGAUGAUUAAGGCUGCAGGAAAGAAGAUCUAUCGGCUGGAUGUGGAAGUAGAACAGGUUGCCAAUGAGAAGCUGUGCUCGGAUGGUUCAAACCCAGGCAAUUGUAGCUGUCUUACUUUCCUUAUCAAAGAAUGUGAAAAUACUAAUAUCACAAAGAACCUUCCACUGGGAACAUCGCAAGUUCCUGCGGACCUUAGAAUUAGCAUCAACACCUUCUGCAGAGCCUUCCCUUUCCACUUGAUGUUUGACUCCAACAUGUCAGUCCUUCAGCUGGGGGAAGGCCUAAGGAAGCAGCUCCGAUGUGACAUUCACAAAGUGCUCAAGUUUGGGGACUGCUUUGAGGUUGUUUACCCAAAGAUUAAUGCCACCUUUGAAAGGGUCCUGCUGCGACUAUCCACCCCAUUUGUGAUUAGGACCAAGCUUGAGGCUUCUGGCACUGAAAAUAAAGACAAGGUGAUGGAAGUCAAAGGACAGAUGAUCCAUGUCCCAGAAUCAAAUUCCAUUUUAUUUUUGGGCUCUCCCUGUGUGGACAAGCUGGAUGAACUCAUGGGUCGAGGGCUGCAUCUCUCGGACAUCCCUAUCCAUGAUGCCACACGAGAUGUCAUUUUGGUUGGUGAGCAGGCAAAGGCUCAAGAUGGCUUGAAGAAAAGGAUGGAUAAAUUAAAGGCAACAUUAGAAAGAACUCACCAGGCCCUGGAAGAAGAGAAGAAGAAGACAGUGGAUCUCCUAUAUUCCAUUUUCCCUGGCGAUGUAGCCCAGCAAUUGUGGCAAGGGCAGCAAGUGCAGGCCAGAAAGUUUGAUGAUGUCACCAUGCUCUUUUCGGACAUUGUUGGUUUCACAGCCAUCUGUGCCCAGUGUACUCCCAUGCAAGUGAUCAGCAUGCUGAAUGAACUGUACACCAGAUUUGACCACCAGUGUGGAUUUUUGGAUAUCUAUAAGGUGGAAACAAUAGGUGAUGCGUACUGUGUUGCAGCAGGACUCCACAGAAAAAGCCUCUGCCAUGCGAAACCCAUUGCUCUGAUGGCUUUGAAGAUGAUGGAACUUUCAGAAGAAGUGCUGACACCUGAUGGAAGACCAAUUCAGAUGAGGAUAGGCAUUCAUUCGGGCUCUGUGCUGGCUGGAGUUGUUGGGGUAAGAAUGCCACGAUAUUGCCUGUUUGGAAAUAAUGUCACUUUGGCAAGCAAAUUCGAAUCGGGAAGUCACCCUCGGCGCAUCAAUGUCAGCCCAACCACUUACCAAUUGUUGAAACGGGAAGAAAGUUUCACGUUCAUUCCUCGGUCCCGUGAAGAGCUUCCAGACAACUUUCCAAAAGAAAUCCCUGGGAUCUGCUAUUUCCUGGAGGUAAGGACUGGUCCAAAACAGCCAAAGCCCUCUCUUUCUUCAUCAAGGAUAAGAAAGGUUUCCUACAACAUCGGCACCAUGUUCCUCCGGGAGACAAGCCUCUGAGACCUACUGCAGAUCACAGACUCCUUCCUCCAAAAAGCACAAGCCCAGAACAUGGGUCAUGACAGGAGAGUGGAAAGAGGUUGUUUCUCUUUCACUGCUUUGUUGAGAGCAAGCAGCGAAAUUUCUAUGUUAUGUCAGGCAAUAAUCUAAAAAAAAGUAGGUGAUGACUGUCAAUAAAAAAAAAACAAAAAAACUGGAGGGCAGGGGAAAUAAGGUGUGUCCAUCCAUAUGAGUGUUUUUGGUCAUUCAUUUGUAUAUAUGCAUAUAUAUAUAUAAAAAUUACAAAUAUGGGCCCCUUCUCAAAACUAUCCAAUAAAUAGAGUCUGUGUUUCUUUGUUUCUCAUACAUACAGGAAUCUUUCCCUAUAUAUUUGCACCACUUUUGCAAGCC